AUGUCGGGCUUCGAGGUGGCAGGUAUUGUUCUCGGGGUCCUCCCCAUCGUGAUCAGCGCCAUCUCAGACUACAAGCAAAAGCGGGGUUUGCUCGCGAGUUUCAUCAAGUCACGCGGCCUUCUCGACGACUUGCUUCACGAGCUCAGGAACCACCAGAGGAAUUUUUAUUUUGACAUCCUCGAUCUCCUCCGCGAAGCCAAGAUUCUCGAGAUUCUCGUGGCUGAAGAUCCAGACAGGAGGAGAAUCCAAGUCAAAGACUACAUGGGACAUGUCUUUGGUGAUUUUCUCAAAAUUCUGACAAAUUAUGAGGAAUGUUUGAAGAAAAUCGCGUCAAAUCUCCAUCACAUUGUUCGGCCAGCAAAUCCUGUUUCAAUGCCUUUCAAAGUGAAAGCCAAAUUCUCAAUCGACAGAGACAGUUUGGAUGCACCAGUCAAAGAUCUCGGCACCGAGAGGUAUUCGCUCGGAAAGCUCAUCAAGCGCGUCAAGUCAAAGCGAGAAUGGGAGGCAAGGCAACCGACAAACAGCUCCGCUACGCUAGCUCUGGAAUUCACCAGAGUCGGAAGGACUUGCCAUCAACACGACCUACAUUCUGUCUUGCUCCGCCUCGAUCAUAGGAUUCGGAUACGCCCCAUCCAAACAGCGCAAGAUACUCCCACUGCCUUCAGGUUCUGUUUCCCCAUUGAGACGGAUAUUCUCCAGGAAGUCGAGAUCGCUGCCCAUUACGCUGACCUUCUACAAACCCCAACUAAACCCAAGGCAGAACGGGCCGGCAAUCUUCGAGUCCCCAGUAUCACGGUUACGGCAUACCAGGAAUCCAGUCCUGCCUGCAUUUGGAUCGAGAGCAUUUGUGAGGACGCUCAACGCGCUAGAACACGGGGCCGAGUCCUUACUUUAAGACUCACGUCAGACGCCCUCGAGCUUUUGGAAGGAGACAGACCUCACGAGCCAUACAACACAUGCACAACCCUGGCAGAUUUUUUACGAGAUACAGCAGAGAACUACGAAGCUCGAAUGCUUCCCUUCGAUCAAACCAUGCUGGCCUUAGACGUUGUAUCAUCUGUACUGCAGCUCAGGCCAACAGUCUGGUGCACCACUCAUUGGAAUAGCACAACGAUCAAGUUCCCAAGAAGACUUACAGACGGAUCAUAUUCAACAGUCUUCACUCCAUACUUGGAACAGACGGUUGAGGACUCUGUGCUCCAAUCCCACAAAUGCCUCCCGGAUCUAAACACCGAGGUCAUUCAAUCAACCAUGCUCGAGUUGGCUAUUCUGCUGCUGGAGAUCCUUCAUCACAAAUCUCUCGAGACCUGGGCGGAAAAGUAUGGCAAAGGACGAAUGAGCUUGGAUGGGGAACGGAUGGCUGGAGCUAGAAAUUGGCUACGAAUGAGUGCAGAAGAGAGGACAGAGAGACUACUUCCGGACCAAGUGAAGUCUAUCCAGGGAUGCCUUGACUAUAGUGUCAAGAGCAAUCUUGCAUGGGAUGGGAAUUUCCAGAGCUGCUAUUGCGAAAAUGUCAUCAAGCCACUGCAGCAGCUUACUUCAGGAUGCUAG